CCAGAGCUUCCCCAGGACAAGAUUGCCGCCCUGACGGCACGCAUUCAAGAGGUCCUCAAGGCCAAGGCCGGUGCCGGAUCGGCUACGUUCACGACGGCCUACGCCGCAGCCCGUUUUGCCCUCGCCGAACCUUGGUCUGCCCAAGGUGAACGCCUACGAGCUAGAGCUGCUAAAGAAGGACAUUCCGGAGCUGAAACAAACAUCCGGAAGGGCAAGGAGUUUGUCAAGAAGAACUUUGUGAACAAAAAAAGUGAAUUUCGAUCAUGUUGAAAA